GUUCAUCUUCCCCACGACCCGUCUGGGCGCCGAGAGCCAGUUCAGUGACUUCUUGGAUGGGCUGGGGCCAGGGCAACUGGUGGGGAGGCAAACACUGGCCACCCCUCCGAUGGGUGAUGUCCACGUUGGCAUGGCUGAGCGGAAUGGGCAGCUGGAGGUGGAGGUGAUCCAGGCCAGAGGACUCAUCCCAAAGUUGGGCUCCAAGUGCAUCCCUGCCACCUAUGUGAAGGUUUACCUGCUGGAGAACGGGGUCUGCCUGGCCAAGAAGAAGACCAAGGUGGUGAAGAAAACCUGUGACCCAUCAUACCAACAACCUCUGCUCUUCGAGGAGAGUCCCCAAGGCAAAGUCCUGCAGGUGAUCGUGUGGGGCGAUUACGGCCGCAUGGACCACAAGUGCUUCAUGGGGAUGGCCCAGAUCAUGCUGGAGGAGUUGGAUCUGUCCAGCACCGUGGCAGGAUGGUACAAACUCUUCCCCACCUCAUCCCUGGCCGAUUCCAGCAUUGGACCUCUGACCCGACGCCUCUCCCAGUCCUCCCUGGAGAGCUCCACCAGCCCCUCCUGCCCGUAG